CAUAUCACUCCCCUGCAUACUGCGAUGAAUCGCACGGCGCUCAUGCAGCAGUUUGUGAGCGGGCUGAAGCACCGCAGUGAGGAGGUGCGGGCGAAGACGGCGAAGGAACUCAACCACUACGUCACGACGGAGUUGCGUGAAGUGUCAGUGGAAGAACUGACGGCAUUCAUGGAUGCAUUCAACCACCACAUAUUUGAGAUGUGUUCCAGCUCCGACGUGAACGAGAAGAAAGGUGGCAUACUAGCAAUCGUCGAUCGUUACUCGGGUUACGCGUAUUUCUUCGCGUCGUCAUGUCGACGUGACGGAUUUCUUGCUCCACUACAGGUGCUGGUGCUGCGAGAGCUAGCUGUCUGCACGCCAACCUUCUUCUAUCAGCAAGUGCAGGUCUUCUUCGAUUGUAUCUUCACCGCCAUUAGAGAUGCAAAGGCGAGCAUUCGCGAGGCGGCCGUGCUGGCACUGAGGGCCGGGCUCGUCGUGACCUCACAGCGAGAGACCAAGGAGAUGCAGAAGCCACUGUGGUACCAGCAAUGCUACGAUGAGGCGGAGAAGGGAUUCGACGACACGCGCGAGCGAGGCAUCAACCGAGCCGACCGCAUUCACGGAUCGCUGCUCAUUCUCAACGAGCUGGUGCGCGUCAGCUGCGCCGAGAGCGAGCGUCUGCGGCUGGAGAUGGAGGACAUAAUGCAGGAACAGGCAGAACACGAGAAAGACCUGUACAAGGAUAUUGAGCUAAUGUCAGCUACUGCGAAAAGCAGGCGGAUCUCAGUGAGUCGUAUGAUAAAGCAUCAGCUACCUGCGAAGUCCGGGGCCCCGCGGCGAUCGACGUCCGGCACGCAGAACCUGCUGCGGCUGCAGCAGAAGUCCGGCUACAAUCCACUCGCCAUCGGCGGCAUCGGAUCGCAGAAGCCCAUGCUUUUCGAGAGCCGCACUUGCAAGAACAUUAUCACGGAAAACUUCGACCAUGUGUGCAACCAGGUGUUGCAGCAGCGCAGCAGCAAGAACCUGUUCGUGCAGCAGAUCCUGCUCGUACUGCUGCCCAGGCUCGCUGCCUUCCAGAGCCGUCGCUUCGUCAGCAGCUACCUGAGCGAGACGAUGCCGUACCUGAUGGCGUGCGUGCGGCGGGAGCGGGAGCGCUACACGGCCUUCCAGGCGAUCGGUCUGCUCGCGGUGGCUGUCACCGCCGACGUGCGACCCUACUUACGCAAGAUCAUGGAGAUCAUCAAGCAGUCACUGCCCUCCAAGGACACGCCCGUCAAGAAGAAAGGUGUGCCGGUGGACCCUGCGGUGUUCACGUGUGUGAGCAUGCUUGCCAAAGCCGUGGGACCGAAGAUUGCGCAGGACGUGAAGGAGCUGCUGGAACCGAUGAUGACAGUGGGACUCAGUCUUGAACUAGCGCGGGAGAUCCCCGACCUGAAGCGCUUCAUACAGGACGGUCUGCUGCGCAUGCUCUCCCUCAUACUCAUGCACAAGCCGCUCACGCACCCGGGCAUGCCGAAGACAGCGACGCCGCAGCUGCCCCCGUCCGUGUCGCUGAGCAACCUCAUGGAGACAUCUACCAACGACGUUGCUAGCGUCACGCUGGCUCUACGCACGCUCGGCAGCUUCGACUUUGACGGUCACUCGUCGACGCUGACGCAGUUUGUGCGCUACUGCGCCGAGAUGUACCUGGCGAGUGAACACGAGGAGAUCCGCAUGGAGGCAGUGCGCACGUGCUCACGUCUGCUCUCUCCCUCGCUGCACCGCUCACCUUCUCUUCAGCAGCUGGGGGUUCUCAUCUCCAUUGUGAAGCAGCACAUUCGCAACUAUCUGGACGACAUCUUUGAUCUCAUCAAGGAGUAUCUGGAUGGUGAAACAGCACGAUGCCCAGAAACACGCAUCUAUCGCUGUCGCUGGAACAGAUCCCGUCUCAUCCCGCACAUGCUGCGCAUCUUCAUGCACGACACGAGCGCGGAGCUCGCCGUGACGAAGCGUCUGCUGGGAGCGCUGCAGCUGUUCGGCUCCAACCUCGACGACUCGCUGCACCUCCUGCUGCCUCCCGUCGUCAAGCUGUUCGACACGGCAGACGCCCCGAUCAAGGUCAGGAGGGCGGCGCUGGAGACGAUCGACCGGCUGACGGACUCGCUCAACUUCAGCGACUACGCGUCGUGCAUCGUGCACCCGCUCGCGCACACGAUCGACACGACGCCCGAGCUGCGAGCGAGCGCGAUGGACACCCUGUCCGCGCUCGUGCUGCAGCUGGGCAAGAAGUACGAGAUCUUCAUACCGAUGGUGAACAAGGUGCUGGUGAAGCACCGCGUGCAGCACACGCGCUACGACGUGCUCAUGUGCCGCAUCAUCAAGUCCGAGUCCAAGGCCGUGCUGAGCAUGUCCGAGAGCCGCAACUCCGACACCGAUUCGACGACGAGUGAGAUGCUGGUGAACAUGUCGUCGACGGCAACGCUAGAGGACUACUUCCCGGCCGUCGCCAUAUCGACGCUGAUGAAGAUCAUCCGCGACACGACGCUCUCGCAGCAUCACAACAUGGUCGUACAGGCGAUCACGUUCAUCUUCAAGAGCCUGGGCAUCAAGUGUGUGCCGUACCUGCAGCAGGUGAUGCCGUCACUGAUCAUCGUCAUCCGAAGCUCCGACGCCUCAUUCAAGGAGAUAAGUGACAAGGUGAAUCAAUGUGACAAGAUAAGUGACAAGGUGAAUAAAUGUGGCAAGAUAGGUGACAAGCACUGUGACAAUGGCCCCCUUCCACUCGGUACCUCCCUGCUCGGCGAGAGAGCCAUGCAUUGCCGCGCGUACGCCAAGGCACUGCAUUACAAGGAGGAGGAGUUCCACACCGGUCCCAACACUCAGAUCCUCGAAUCACUGAUAAGCAUCAACAAGAAACUGCAGCUGCCGGAGGCGGCGGCCGGCGUGCUGGAAUACGCGAUGAAGAACCACCGCGCCGAGCUCACCGUGAAGGAAUCCUGUAUUGGUUUCACGAAACAAGAUUGGUUUCAAAGAAUCGCGAAUAUACAUCUCGUUGAUACUGUGUUCUGCGCGCUGAUUCCGAAGCUGAAAGAUCCAGAUCCGAACACGGCCGUUGUCAUCAGUGUGCUGGCGGCUGUGGGAGAGCUAGCUCAGGUGAGCGGCAUCGAGAUGAGGAAGUGGAUGGAUGAGCUGCUGCCCAUCAUCAUAGAGAUGCUGCAGGACUCGUCGUCGAGUCAGCGUCGCGAGGUGGCGCUGUGGACGCUCGGUCAGCUGGUGGAGAGCACGGGCUACGUCGUCGAGCCUUAUAAGAAGUAUCCGACGCUGCUGGAGGUGCUUCUCAGCUUCCUGAAGACCGAGCAAUCGAUCAGCAUCCGCAGAGAGGUGAUUCGGGUGCUGGGGCUGAUGGGAGCGCUGGAUCCGUACAAACACAAGCUCAACCUGGGUCUCAUCGAGAAGUCCGAGUCCAAGGCCGUGCUGAGCAUGUCCGAGUCGGGCGAGAGCCGCAACUCAGACACGGCGGACUAUCUCGGACACGUCGGGCCAGUGGACUGCGCUUUGAGGUCGUACAUCCAGACUCACGUGAUCCUAUGCCGGCUUGAGGCCGUCGGUUUAUGUCGAGAUGAGCAGAUGCAGCAAGUUCAUGGCUUUACAGCCUGGCAUCAGUGUGUGGCGUACACAUGCAGGACAGGUGGAUGGCCACUGAUCAUCGUCAUCAAAGAAGCUCGAACGACUCUGUUCAAGGAGAGUGACGUGGUGAAUGACGACGUGAGGCAGGGCAUGGCUCGCAUGGCCGCCGCGGCAGCGUGGGGCCUCAAUCAGUGGGAGUCGAUGGAAGAGUACACGUGCCUCAUUCCCAGGGACACGCAGGACGGAGCGUUCUACCGCGCCGUGCUAUCCAUGCACAACGACCAGUUCCCGCUCGCUCAGCAGUGCAUCGACAAGGCGCGCGACAUCCUCGACACUGAGCUGACGGCGAUGGCCGGGGAGAGCUACAGCCGCGCGUACGGCUCCAUGGUGUCCGUGCAGAUGCUGUCCGAGCUAGAGGAGAUCAUACAGUACAAGCUGGUGCCGGAGCGGCGCGACGCGAUACGGCAGAUGUGGUGGGACCGGCUGCAGGGCUGCCAGCGAGUCGUCGAGGACUGGCAGCGCGUGCUGCAGGUGCGCUCCCUGGUGGUGACGCCGCAGGAGGACAUGCGAACGUGGCUGAAGUACGCGAGCCUGUGUCGUAAGAGCGGCCGGCUGGGCCUGUCGUCGAAGACACUCGUCACGCUGAUGGUUGUCGACCCGAGCCGGCAGCCCGAGGACACGGCGCUGCACACCGCCUACCCGCACGUCACGUUCGCCUACAUCAAGCACAUGUACGAGAAGAACCAGAAGGAGGCUGCGUUCAGGCAGUUGCAUCACUUCAUCCAGACGUCGCUGCAUAGCGAGGUGAGACAGCUCGUUGCUCCCGAGGAGGCUGAGCACUGCAGCGAGAUGAAGGAGCUACUCGCCAAGUGCUACCUGAAGCUCGGCAACUGGCAGGAGAAUCUGCAGGGCAUCACCGAGCUCUCCAUCCCACAGGUGCUGGCGUACUACGCGGCGGCGACGGAGCACGACCCGACCUGGUACAAGGCGUGGCACGCGCUCGCCUACAUGAACUACGAGGCCGUGCUCUUCUACAAGAACCGCGGCCAGGGCACCCCCACCCCCGCCACUGCGCUGCCGCCCCCCGUCCCCGCGCCCGCCGCCGCCACCGUCGUACCGUCGGCCGCCCCCGCCGUUGCCGCGGCGACCGCCGACAAGCCGGAGAACGGCGCGGAUGCCGCCGACAAGCCGGGGAACGGCGCGGUGGCGGCGGCUGCGCCGGCGGCGUCUGCACUCGUGGUGUCUGCGGUGCCGAAGCAGUCGACGGCGUCGGUGUCGAACGCGUACGUGCUGACGUACGCCGUGCCGGCGGUGCGCGGGUUCUUCCGCUCGAUCGCGCUGUCGAGCGGCAGCUCGCUGCAGGACACGCUGCGUCUGCUCACGCUCUGGUUCGACUACGGACACUGGCCGGACAUCUACGAGGCGCUCGUCGAGGGCCUGAAGACGAUCCAGAUCGAGACCUGGCUGCAGAUGGCGCCAGACUACGACCACCUGACGGUCAUGCAGAAGGUAGAGGUGUUUGAACACGCCGUAGAAAAUACCAAAGGAGACGACCUGGCCAAGCUUCUGUGGUUGAAGAGUCCCAGCUCUGAGGUGUGGUUCGACCGGCGCACCAACUACACGCGCUCGCUUGCCGUCAUGUCGAUGGUGGGCUACGUGCUCGGACUCGGCGACCGCCACCCGUCUAACCUCAUGCUGGACCGGCUCAGCGGCAAGAUCCUGCACAUCGACUUUGGCGACUGCUUUGAGGUCGCGAUGACGCGCGAGAAGUUUCCCGAGAAGAUCCCGUUCCGGCUCACGCGCAUGCUCACCAACGCCAUGGAGGUGACGGGCAUCGACGGCAACUACCGCAUGACGUGUGAGAAGGUGAUGCAGGUGAUGCGACACAACAAGGACAGUGUCAUGGCAGUGCUCGAGGCGUUUGUCUACGACCCGCUGCUCAACUGGCGCCUCAUGGACGCCGGCGGCGCGCUCAAGGGCAAGAGGUCGUGCGAGCCGAAGUCUGAGGGUUCGUCGAUGGCCGGCGGCUCGCAGGAGCGAGACAUUCCGGGCAGCUUUGAGCUGGAGAAGCCGCUGCAGCCGCACGUCGCCGAUGCGAGUCCCUACUACCCGGACGGUGGAGACGUCGAGCAACCGGAGGAACUCAACAAGAAGGCUCUCAGCAUCAUCAACAGGGUCCGCGACAAGCUGACCGGUAGAGACUUCACGAGCGAGCAGGCGGUGGACGUACAGACACAGGUGGAGCUGCUCAUACGGCAGGCAACGUCGCACGAGAACCUCUGCCAGUGCUACAUCGGCUGGUGUCCCUUCUGGUGAGGCGGGAGAGCGACAGCGUACACCGUGUCGUCGCCGCAAGAUACCAAGGCGCCAUCUGGUGAAGUGGAAGGGCAGCAGCGGGCGCGUAAGCCAUGUCGUCGCCGCACGACGUCGGGGCGCCAUCUUAUAAUCAGCCGGUUCAGCGAGGGCGGUUCGACGAUUAAAAUUAAUUCGAUACCAGUGUGUAGAUUUACGCACGUAUAUUCAAAUCGAAAUGCUAAUGUUUAGCUAGCGGCUGCAAGUCGGAGACAAAUGUGAAACUGACGAGUCUGCAGGUUUUCACGCGUUUACGUACGUCGCUGCUUCUGAGCUAUCAGUGUGUUACAUGAUGUUUUUGUAAAGUAUUUUUGUGGACUAAGGUCCAGUCGGUUACCUAGUGUUUGCAUGUGUACUAGAUGGUAUAUCUAUAAUGUAGUAGACAUGCAUUGCAUCAAGUGAUUGCUUUAGGUAGUAGUUCGUCUGUGUUGUUGCUAUAUGCAGUGACGUCGGAAUGACGGUUAUGUACAUGCAGGGGGCGUCUUGUAAAUAGAUCGCUUUUUAUUCUUGCUUAUGGAAUCUUGCGAGGAUUGUUAAGUUUCUUUGUCACAUACAAUCAGAAAGCGGUUUACAUUUGUAUGGUCUCCAAUUUCGGAAAUCAUUGUUUUCGUUCAAACGGUGUUACACAGUUGGAAUAUAUACCUAGAUACAUGGAAGGUGCGUAAGGUGUGUAGCCUAGUUGUGUACAUAGUACACACCAUAGAUUGUCAUUUUCUUCAAUCAUGAACGGAUUUACUCAACCGCUCCUCAAAUCGACUUCAAAUCAAAAUAUGCAGAAUAGUUCAUCACCUAUGUACCUGAUUACAUGUGUCAAUGCAAGUUGAAAAUAAAAUUUAAUCAAUAUUAUA